AUGGGCAUCGAGACCGGCGUGGACAUCGACAAGCUCAUUGACUGCGUCUGGACCGCAGAGCGUAUCAUCGGGCGCGAGCUCUAUGGCCACGUCUCCAAGGCCGGCCCCCGGCCCAAGACCGUGGACCAGCUCUACGACAUAAACGCCCCGUUCAUCGAGACCCUGGAAGAAGCCAGGCACUUCAAGAAGGGCCCCGAGGUCUACGAGGGCGGCAUCUACCCCUACAACGAGCCCAUCACCAGCCCUUACCGAGACCGGCUCGAGCAGGGCCUCCCGGCCUUCGACUCCGCCGAGGGAGACUUCCCUUGGAAGCAGGACUGGUUCCCCUCCAAAGAGGACUAG